AUGAGCUCCAAUACCAAACUUACAAAGACUUUGGCGCGUUUCCAAGCUCGAAUUGAGGCCGGGGACUUUUAUGAGGCGCAUCAAACUCUGCGCACCAUUGCAAAUCGUUACGUCCGUAGUAAGCACUACGACGAUGCAAUUGAUCUAAUCACAGAGGGUGCACAGGCGUUUCUAUCGGCGAAACAAGGUGGAUCUGCAACUGACUUGAUUUUCUAUCUCCUGGAGGUAUACGAUACAGCAGAAAUCCGUGUAAGUGACGUUUCCAUCGCGAGGUUGGUACAGCUUUUAGCGAAUUUGGACCCAGAAGAGCCUAAUUUGAAAGACGUAGCAACAGGCAUGAACAACUGGUCUGUGAAAUUCGGGCCUUGCAAAUACGGUGAUCCAUAUCUGCAUUCGGUAAUAGGACCUAAACUCUCAGACGGUGGUUACGUUUAUGAGGCAGAGAGGUAUCUCGUAUUAGGAACAUCGGAGUCUGUGAAAGAAUACGUUUCUCUUUUAUGGGAAUGGUUUACACAAGCUGGCGACAAAAAAGCUGUUGGAGAGUUUUUUUCGAGGCCAGUUUUCAACUAUCUUUUUAUUGGCAACAUCGAGAACGCUUAUGCUGUUAAGGAAAGCUUUCUGACCAAAUUUAUUGAAUGGUCGUCCGCUGCUUGUGAGAAGAUCGAUAAGAAUGGCUUUGAAAUGUGGUAUUUUGAGGACUACGCAGACUUGAAUUUCCUGCAGCUACUUAUCUUGACAUGCCAAACAGAAAACGCUGACCUCUUCAGGAAUCUACAGAGCCACUACGCGGGAUCGAUAGACCAGUACUCCUCUCAGCUAGAGUAUUUGGGCCAGGAGUAUUUCGGAAUCAAAAUCCAGAAACCGGUCAAUUUUAUGCAAGAUAUAAUGUCUGGACUCCUUGGCGGUAAGUAG